AUACGACCUCCUACCAUCAGCCCUUUGCUGACCAACAAUGGUCUGGACUUGGUCCCAUUCACUUGAGUUAUUUUCAUGCUUGUAGGAUUAAGUUCUUAUUGAGUACAGGAAGCAUUUCCCCACCUUCAUUGAAACUUGUUUAAAGGAAGGAUGGCAGCUUGUACUUCUCUAUUUAUCUUAUGGGACCUAAGAAUGGUGAGGGAUACACAGUGAUUACACACUUCCUUACUCAUUGUGUGGAAAGGAAAGACUACAAGGGUUGAGUUCAGAGAAAAAAGAAAAGGAAUUUAAAUGUACUGAAUACCAGACACCAUACUUUAAAGACUUUGUUACUAUUUUAUCCAACCCCCUUUUAACCAACUGUGUGUUAAUGCUUUGUGAUAGCUACUAUCAUCUUUGGCAGAGACAGUUUCUUUGUUUCUGAGGCUAUCAAAAUGAAGUGACUCACCGAAUUCCAUUGAGACACAGAGUCCCUACCUUGGUUAGACUCCAUUUCUGCCACAUGUAACUGGAUUUUGGAUUCUAAGCCAGAUCCACAGUUAAAUCUGGUUCCACAAGGCAGCCCUUUCAAGCCUCCACUAUUUUUCUAGAGUAUGUGUUUUGAGGAGUUUAAGGUCACUAAGUAGAUCGAAAAGAGAUGAAGUUGCCAGAUUUCAGAAGGUCAGGAACAGUCCUUGGCCUCGCCCCAGGGAAUAACAGCCCAUGUCACAAUGUGGGAGGAGGAGAGGUGGUGCCUUGUGGAUAGUAAACUGGACCCCAAGUGGAUAUAAAAGGAGAGGCCCUGGGGAGCCAAGCCACCAUCAGGAAGAGACUCACUCUCAGUGACAGUAGAGAAAACAGCGCUAUCUCCUGCCAAGAUGAAGCUGCUGCUGCUGUGUCUGGGGCUGACCCUAGUCCGUGCCCAGGAGGGAAACUCUGAUGUUGUGAGAAGCAACUUCGAUAUUCCAAAGAUUACAGGGGAGUGGUUUUCCAUUCUCUUGGCCUCAGACAACAGGGAAAAGAUAGAAGAAAAUGGUAGCAUGAGGUUUUUUGUGGAGCACAUCAGUCUCUUGGAAAAUUCUUCUUUGUUUAUUAAAAUGCAUACAAAGGUAAACGGAGUGUGUACUGAGCUUCCUUUGACUUGUGACAGCACAGGAGAGGAUGGCGUAUAUACUGUUAGCUAUGAUGGAAAUAAUAAAUUUCGCAUACUUCAGGUGAACUAUAGUCACCAUAUUAUUUUUUAUCUCGAGAAUUUCAGCGACUCAUACCAACUGCUAGAGCUCUAUGCCCGAGAACCAGAUACGAGUCCAGAACUCAAGAACGAGUUUGUGGAAAUUUGCCAAAAGUAUGGAAUUGUUAAGGAAAACGUUAUUGACCUGACCAAAGUGGAUCGCUGCUUCCAGGCGCGAGGGAAUGGAGUGGCCUAGGGCUGCAGUUUG